GACGAGGACUUUGAUGAUUCGUAUGAAGGCUUGCUUUCGCUCAGUUCGCUUCUUGGAGACGUACCCAAAGCUACACCUGCUGAUGUCAUUUCGGGCAUGAAGACUGGCUUGUUUAAGGAUUGGUCGACAAACGAUAGUGAUCACCGGUGUCCGAUCUGUUUGGAUGAUUAUGCUCUGACCGAUCCUGUCAUGAAACUCAAUGAUUGCUCUCACUGGCUGCACAAGGAGUGCCUGGAGCAAUGGCUGAAGAGUGCGAGAACUUGUCCGGUUUGUCGCAAAGCAGUGAAAGGUCCUUCUCCUCCACAGAACCGCCGUUGCCCUCGACACUCGUAUCAACAAACUGAGGGCCCACGUCGACGAGAUGGAGAUGACAAUGAAGGAAACGACGGUCCUGCCAAUCCUGGCCCGCGAGCAGACGGAAAUAAUUCUUCGGGUGCGAGUCCAGGUUUUGGGGGGAGUGGAAGAUGGUAUAUCUAG